CUCCCUCCGUGCGGAAGGAAGAAGCAUGAGAUAACUACAAGUUUGAUCAUGUCUACAUGUGCAAGUCGCGUUCACCCCACGUCUGAUGUUGUGGGGGGGGGGAAACAUUCAUAUUCAACCUUGCCUUUGUGCGUCGGGCAACGGAGGAGCUGGCCUUUCGGAAAAACAGCCGGUCUGUCCGUCUGGUCAUCCCCAUGGCAACCAAGUAUAAACGUACAGCAGGAGGUGUGCAGCGAGAGAAGAAGACAAAGAGAGGGGAGGAAACACUCAGGGUGGACAGUGUGCUGGAUUCUGAUCGAAAGGUUUGCACACGGACGGACUAGCUGGUGAUCGAGGAACGCCAAGACGGGGGAAGAGAAAUGAAGUGUCCACGAUCUGCCUAGACGACGAUGGAGAGGAGUGAGGAGACAGAGGAGAGGUGGCGGGGCGCCGAUGAAGAGAUGCUGAACGGAGAGCAGCAGGAGUUGAACGGAGAGGCUUCAGUGGCGAGCCCCGGCCGAGAGGCGGACGGCCGGGAGGAGCUGGGGGUCUCGGGCACUGCGGAUGACGAGGAGGAGGAGGAAGGAUGUGCUCCGCUCAUCACGGCCUGUCGCGAAGGCCUGACUGAGGCUCAGGCAGACGGUUUGGACGUGAACGUUCCCAACGGCGGCAGCGCGGCAGCGCUGAUGCUCGCUGUCCGGGACGUCGACCUGCUCCAGAGCGCCGUGGCGCCGUUGUCGUGGGAUCACAGGACCGUGGAGGUGGUCAAGACGCUGCUGGGACUCUCGGCCCAUCUGCAGAUACGAGACCACAGCGGCUGCUCUGCCCUCCACUACGCUGCGAGCAUCAACAGCCCCCUGAAGGACGAGCUCGUUCAUAUGAUGGCUGAGGCCCCGAGUCACACGGACGCCGGCCCCGUGUCACCCCCGGCCCCUGACGAAUACUCCUGGCAGGAUUUGGACUCAGACUCUGAAGAUUCUGACAUAGAGUUGGACAUUGACUACCUCCAUCCUCAUCAGUCGACAGCAGGCUCCCUUACGCAGACGCACGCCCAUCAACAACUAUUACACAGCCACACGGGGGAAGUGCGGGAGUCUGCAGGGCGCCCUCCUCUGUCUGACCACCACAAAGAUCUCAGCCAAGAUAAGGGGGUCCCCCUCUGUUUCCACAACGCCAUGGAAACACUGAGAGACAUCAGGCAAGCCCACCAGGACGCAGGCAGGGGAAGCAGCAGAGGAGGUUUGUCUCUGCCGGGCCUCCUCAACAACGGCAGACGCUGGGGCCAUGUGGAUCCUGCCCCCUCCGGUGGCAUGAUGAGUACCAGGACUCUCUGCGUCCCCGUACCCCCUAAACUCAGGCAGAGGACCAGAAUUGUGGUUGCUGCUUCCCGAUCCUCCCUCAGUCUGCUGUCUGUGGCUGAGCCCAGCCAGCUCAGCCAGUCGGCCCCCAGCCUCAUGGAACCACUACUAUGUUCCAACACCAUGAUGCAGGCCAGGGCACACAUCCAGAGCCGAUUGGGUUCACAAGAUAGUGUUCAUGAACAAAAGGGUGCCUUGUCGGCUCCGAAUCCUCGAACGCCUAAGCUGUUGGCACCACUGAACAGCAAACCCAGAGACAGUGCAGCUCUGCCAGUACUAAAGCAUCGUGUUCCCCUGAAGCCCAUCAGCCGGAGCCCCCUUUGCUCCAGGGCCUGGGUGAGGAGAGAGAGGCUGUCCCGGGGCAGCCCACGCACUGCCCCUCUGACUUCUACCAAGGGCGGCAGUGAGGAGAGCAGGUCCAGCAGCAGCCAGAGUUCAAUUGAUCUGGAGGAUGACGAGGGGGAUACACGGGAAAGCUCUUCAGAGGACAGCAAUCUGAAGUUUGAUGAAGACACGCUGUUGCAGCAUUCGAAUGAUGCGAGCUCCACUAGCGCCGAUUUGGUUGAGGAGACAAGGCUGCAUUUUAAAGUUCAGUCAAGGAUCAGUCAGACUCCACCAAUCCACAGAUCGGCACAUAACCUGGAUGGAGACCCUAUCAAUCGUCUCAGGACUGAAAGAGCUAUGGACACUCACUGUGAAGGCAAAGUCACCAAUAUGAAUUACACAAAAGAACCUGUUAACAUGCAUUCCUUUACUAAAUCUAACCUCAUUAAAGACACUGUGAACAAUGAAAUGCCUAUCACAUCAAAGUCUAAGGAGAAGAACCAUGCGGGAUACACCACAGAUCUCGAGAGUGACAUUACUCGCGAAAUUAUAUGUAAUGUGAAUGAUGACCACGGUGAUGCAGUUCCAUACUCUGGAUGGAAUUAUGGAAAUGAACUCCAGCAUGCACAACCGACAGAAGUGACAACGAAGGAUUCCUGUGAUGACGAAACCCAGGCAGUUACCCUAUUCCUGUGUAGUGCUGAGCAUGCAGAGUCAAAUGUCAGCACUGCUGUGGGGAAAAUACCAAUCGUUACUGCAGGUGUAAACCCUCCACCGAUAAAUGUGGAUUCCAAGAUAGAUAAGAAGAUGUUGAAAGCCUUCAAACCUGUCCAGAACAAGGAGACAACAACCAUGAACUGUGAACUAAGAGCAAGUAAUCAAAGUAACCAGACCUUCAGCCUUCGAGCACAGAAAGGCCGAAGUCGGAACAUAUCCAAAAGCAAUCUAAAGUGCUCUUCAGUUUCCACACAAGUCAAGGAUAAAACCAGGAAAAGCCCAGAGCUAAUUAUUAGUGGUGAGACCACAGGCAAAGUAAAAUCAAAGCUAAACUCCGUAAAGAGUGCUCAUCGUAGCACUGACACCCCCUGGCCACGAAAAAAGGUUAUCGAUCAGCCACAGAGCAAAAGAGCAAAUCUGGAUAAGUCGAACAACAGCAGAGCUCAACCACCAGCGAGGGAGCUGAAGAGCGCCCGGCAGUUGAAGAGACUCAGUGUAACAGGGGCACCAAGGUCUAAAUCUGCUGUGGACUUCAUCACCUACAGAGACAUGUUUCAGCAGAUACAGAGCAGGGACGGAGGGCCGGUCAUCUAUGAGAUGUUUGCUGGCCCAAUCUACGAUAACCUUAGGGUUUCCAGCUCCUGUGAAAAAACAAAGGGCAGACAAGUGCAGUCUGCGCCGUCAAGGAAGGUGCAACAGUCCAAUAAAAUCAAACACAGACCCUUGAAACAACCUCAGUGUAAGUUGAGGAGAAGCCCAGGGCAGAGUAUGGUGAUUUCAACUAAAAGCAAAGCAAGACUUGCAUCCUCCAGAGCGAAACCUCACCUCGCAUCUGUUUCAAGGAAAGACAAUAUGCCUGGACAAGACACUGAGCUAGUUCUUUCUAAGCAUGGUGAGAUUUGUCAUACUAGUGCUCAGGAAAAGGCUGUAGAUCAUAUGCUAUCCAUCAUAGAGGAGGCUCUCUCAAGAUAUGAGUCUGAAACGCUAAGAUCCGAUUGCAAAACACUGAAUAUGCCAACAACUUCAUCUCAUGCUAAAGACAGUCAAAUGCCCAUGGUUCUGCAAGAAGCGAUUGGCACUUCAUCAACAGCAAACUACAGCCAACCAGUUCCUGAGCCUUUGUUACCUCAAAGCUCCAAGCAGCCGAGGAGCUACACAUGGACAUCUUCUAGCAGCAGCUGCAGCCAAACCCUUACGUCCCCAGUUUACCAGAAGUUUCUGGACGAAGUGGGGGAUGGCCCGCUUACAGAUGACCUGCUGCAAUGUCUGGCUGAGGAGCUUAUCUCACUGGACGAGAGGGAUGUCUCCAUAGGCCCGUGUCCAGAAAACCUGGAAUCAAGCAAUACAGAGUCCAUCGGAGGAGAUCUUGUAACAGGAAGAAAUGUGUUUCCUAAGGUUAUUUCACGAGACAGUGCAGCUCUGCCUGGUUAUGGGGCGGCUGCAGACGACACCAUCUCAUGGACAAGGGGUGAAAUGCUCGGCCGGGGAGCUUAUGGAACAGUGUACUGUGGCCUGACCAGCCAGGGUCAGCUGAUAGCAGUGAAGCAGGUCAGUCUGGACACCUCGGACCCUGAAGCUGCAAAGAGGGAGUACAGCCGUCUGCAGGGGGAGGUGGAUCUGAUUAAAGCCCUUAGACACAUCAACAUUGUGGGCUUCCUCGGGACCUCUCUUUAUCAGCAUGUGGUUUCCAUCUUCAUGGAGUACAUCCCAGGGGGAUCCAUCGCAAGCGUCCUUCACAGGUUUGGUCCUCUGCCAGAGCGAGUCCUGGCUCUGUACACCCAUCAGAUCCUGGAAGGGGUUGCCUUCCUUCACCUGAACAGGGUGAUUCAUCGUGACUUGAAGGGAAAUAAUGUCAUGCUGAUGCCCACCGGCGUCAUCAAGCUCAUAGACUUUGGGUGUGCACGACGUCUCAGCUGCCCGAACCACACUGCAAGUAACAGUGGGGACCUGCUCAAGUCUGUCCACGGCACACCUUACUGGAUGGCCCCAGAGGUUAUAAAUGACACAGGGUAUGGCAGGAAGUCAGAUAUAUGGAGUGUAGGUUGCACAGUGUUUGAGAUGGCCACAGGGAAACCACCACUGGCACACAUGGACAAGAUGGCUGCAUUGUUCUACAUUGGAGCUGAAAGGGGGUUGAUGCCCUCCCUACCAGAUGGGUUCUCAGAUAAUGCCAAGGCUUUUGUGAACACCUGCUUGACAAGUGACCAGAGACUACGGCCAUCUGCAGACAAGCUCCUGAAGCAUCCAUUUAUCCCCAAAAAGGAGACUGGAGUGAACUCUUGGGAAACACAGAAAAAGAACUGCUGUGGUCACCCACAGGGACGGUGUGGUUAACAAGGAGUUACUCUAAAAUUUAAGAGUUCAGGGGGACAUUUAUUUGUGUACUUUAGAUUGAUGAAUCAUACACUUAAGUAUUCUUUUGGGCUCUUUAUGAGCCUGACACCUAUCCCCACUGAUGCAGCAGUGGUGUCAGUCUUUGGGAGCAUUGGAACUGGCUAAGUGUCCCAGACACAACAAUAUCAAGUUGAUCAACGGUGUAAAAAAUGUAGUCUUUUACAUUCUUACAUUCUUUUAUGUGAGACUACACAAGAAGCACUUCUUACAUUUCACUUAGUACAUUAAUAUAAUUUAUGAAUGGAAAAUAAUAAGAUUGCACACUUUAGUUACAUUCUUAUGAAUUUGCAAAUCCUGUAAAUAUACUAAUUUUACAUUUAUACAUUUAAGUCUGUUUGGCAUAUUAUGUUCUCAUAACGUCUAGCAUUUGUUACAUUAAUCAAUUUCCAUAACCUUCAUUUUUCAGUGUUGUUUACUUCCACUUCCUGUUAGCUUCCCUCUGCAGCAUUAUUUGGGUAUUAAUGUGCAAUACGUCUCGUCAUAUUCACAAAUUGGAUAGUUUCUUUACAGUCUAGAAACAUGGAUACAUCAUGUGUAAUAAAAUGACAGCAACAACCAGAUUUUAUACUGUCAGGAUAACAGCAACUUUUAAGUUUAUUUGUAAUACUGAAAGGAAAAUAAGAAAGGAUGUAAAGAGUGACUCAUGCUCAUUUGUCCACAACUGUUGUUGUUCUGUGUGCCCAACUGUAACACCCCUAAUGAGGGUUCAAACAAUCCAGCCUCAGGUUAUUGGGUAUUUUGUGCACUCUAUAAAUAAACAAGUAAACCCAGUCAAAAACAGGGGGGACUGGGUCAUGCCAAGAUUGUAGAACAAUAUAGAGCUCAAUGUAUAAAACGGAUGUAAAGACGCGUCCACAGAGGUACGUAUAUUUAACCAACUGCAACAGCACGUCCACAAUGCAGAUACUUGGAUUUAAUCUUUCUUGGCCGGUCACUGUUCUGACAACUGUUGCUGGAAUAUUUGGGGGGGGGGGGGGGGGGUGUCUCUUUCCUCCUGAAUAGUUCUCCGUUAAUGGCGAAUGUAAUCAUACAUGUAUCCCUUUUAUGGGCUGACAUCUCAAGGGCUACAAGCUUCAUGACAUGAAAUCCUGUCGGAUGCACUUCUAAAUAAAGCGUUAUGUAAACUUUAAUAGCAAGCAA